GGAGGAGGCAGUGUGAUGGCCCUGGACGGCGAGCGGGGGGAGCAAGAGGAGGAGAAGAAAAAGAAGAAGAAGAAAAAGAAGAGGAAGAAGAAGAAGGAGGAGGAGGAGGAGGAGGAGGGGGCUGAGAAGAGCAGCUCACCCUUCGCUGCCACGAUGGGGGAGAACGACGCCGCGCUCCGGGCCGGCGGCAGGGGGCUCUCGGACCCCUGGACGGACUCCGUGGGGGUGCGACCCCGCACCACCGAGCGCCACAUCACGGUGCACAAGAGGCUCGUGCUGGCCUUCGCCGUGUCCAUCGUGGCGCUGCUCGCGGUCACCAUGCUCGCGGUGCUGCUCAGUUUGCGCUUCGACGAGUGCGGAGCUAGCGCAGCGCCGGGCGCCGACGGCGGCCCCGCCGGCUUCCCCGCGCGCGGCGGCAACGCCAGCCUUCCGGGUUCGGCCCGGCGCAACCACCAUGCCGGCGGAGACUCCUCGCAGCCCGAGGUAGGCGGGGAGGCCACCCCUGGGACCCCGUCAGCCCAGCCGCCGUCGGAGGAGGAGCGGGAGCAGUGGCAGCCGUGGACGCAGCUGCGCCUGUCGGGCCACCUCAAGCCGCUGCACUACAAUCUGAUGCUCACCGCCUUCAUGGAGAAUUUCACCUUCUCCGGGGAGGUCAACGUGGAGAUCGCGUGCCGGAACGCCACCCGCUACGUCGUGCUGCACGCCUCCCGGGUGGCGGUCGAGAAGGUGCAGGUGGCCGAGGACCGGGUGGCGGGGGCUGUUCCGGUGGCCGGCUUUUUCCUCUACCCGCAAACCCAGGUCUUGGUGGUGGUGCUGAAUAGGACCUUGGACGCGCAGAGGAAUUACAACCUGAAGAUCAUCUACAACGCCCUGAUCGAGAACGAGCUCUUGGGCUUCUUCCGCAGCUCCUACGUGCUCCACGGGGAGAGAAGGUUCCUUGGUGUUACUCAGUUUUCGCCUACACAUGCCAGAAAGGCAUUUCCUUGUUUUGAUGAGCCAAUAUACAAGGCUACUUUCAAAAUUAGCAUCAAGCAUCAAGCAACCUAUUUAUCUUUAUCCAAUAUGCCAGUGGAAACUUCCGUGUUUGAGGAAGAUGGAUGGGUUACGGAUCACUUUUCACAGACCCCUCUCAUGUCUACAUAUUAUUUAGCCUGGGCAAUUUGCAACUUCACAUACAAAGAAACUACCACCAAGAGUGGGGUUGCAGUACGAUUAUAUGCAAGACCUGAUGCUAUCAGAAGAGGAUCUGGGGACUAUGCUCUCCAUAUAACAAAGAGAUUAAUAGAAUUUUAUGAAGACUACUUUAAAGUGCCCUACUCCUUGCCAAAACUAGAUCUUUUAGCUGUGCCUAAGCACCCGUACGCUGCUAUGGAGAACUGGGGACUAAGUAUUUUUGUGGAACAAAGAAUACUGCUGGAUCCCAGUGUUUCAUCUAUUUCUUAUUUACUGGAUGUCACCAUGGUCAUUGUUCAUGAGAUAUGUCACCAGUGGUUUGGUGACCUCGUGACUCCUGUGUGGUGGGAAGAUGUGUGGCUGAAGGAAGGUUUUGCUCACUACUUUGAAUUUGUUGGUACGGACUACCUCUACCCUGGCUGGAACAUGGAAAAACAGAGGUUUCUGACGGAUGUUCUGCAUGAAGUGAUGCUGCUUGACGGCUUGGCCAGUUCCCAUCCAGUAUCACAGGAAGUGCUACAGGCAACAGAUAUUGACAGGGUGUUUGACUGGAUCGCCUAUAAAAAGGGUGCUGCUCUAAUUAGAAUGCUGGCUAAUUUUAUGGGCCAUUCUGUAUUUCAGAGGGGUUUGCAAGAUUAUUUAACCAUUCAUAAGUAUGGCAAUGCAGCCAGAAAUGAUCUCUGGAAUACACUAUCAGAGGCUUUAAAAAGGAAUGGAAAAUAUGUAAAUAUACAAGAAGUAAUGGAUCAGUGGACACUCCAGAUGGGUUAUCCUGUUAUCACCAUCUUGGGAAAUACAACAGCAGAAAAUAGAAUAAUAAUUACCCAACAACAUUUUAUUUAUGACAUCCGUGCUAAAACUAAAGCGCUUGAACUUCAGAAUACCAGUUACUUGUGGCAGAUUCCAUUAACUAUUGUGGUAGGAAAUAGAAGCCAUGUGUCUUCAGAAGCAAUUAUUUGGGUGUCUAACAAAACAGAGCACCACAGAAUAACUUUGGACAAAGGAAGCUGGUUGCUGGGGAACAUCAAUCAAACUGGCUAUUUUAGAGUCAACUAUGAUUUAAGGAAUUGGAGAUUAUUAAUUGAUCAAUUAAUCAGGAACCAUGAGGUUCUCUCUGUCAGUAACAGAGCAGGUUUGAUCGACGAUGCCUUCAGCCUAGCCAGAGCUGGCUCUUUGCCUCAGCAUAUUCCCCUGGAGAUUAUCAGAUACCUGUCUGAGGAGAAGGAUUUUCUUCCUUGGCAUGCUGCCAGCCGAGCUCUUUAUCCUCUAGAUAAAUUACUGGACCGCAUGGAGAAAUACAAUGUCUUCAAUGAAUAUAUUUUAAAGCAAGUUGCAGCAACAUACAUCAAGCUUGGAUGGCCAAAAAACAAUUUUAAUGGAUCUCUUGUUCAAGCAUCCUACCAACAUGAAGAGCUACGUCGAGAAGUUAUAAUGCUGGCAUGCAGUUUUGGCAACAAGCACUGUCAUCAGCAGGCAUCAACACUUAUUUCAGAUUGGAUUUCCAGCAACAGGAACAGAAUACCACUAAAUGUUAGAGACAUCGUCUACUGUACGGGAGUCUCACUAUUAGAUGAGGAUGUCUGGGAAUUCAUCUGGAUGAAAUUCCACUCUACCACAGCAGUUUCUGAGAAGAAAAUAUUAUUGGAAGCCUUAACUUGCAGUGAUGAUAGGAACUUAUUAAAUAGGCUUCUGAAUCUAUCACUAAAUUCUGAGGUGGUGUUGGAUCAAGAUGCAAUUGAUGUGAUAAUUCAUGUCGCUCGAAAUCCACAUGGCCGAGACCUUGCCUGGAAGUUUUUUAGAGACAAAUGGAAGAUAUUAAAUACCAGGUAUGGGGAGGCAUUAUUUAUGAAUUCUAAACUCAUUAGUGGAGUUACAGAAUUUCUUAAUACUGAAAGUGAACUCAAAGAGCUGAAGAACUUCAUGAAGAAUUAUGAUGGAGUAGCUGCUGCCUCUUUCUUGAGAGCUGUGGAGACCGUUGAAGCCAAUGUGCGCUGGAAAAUGCUCUAUCAGGAUGAGCUCUUCCAGUGGUUGGGAAAAGCUCUGAGACACUAAUAGCUCUAUUAUAAACAAUUCAACUCAGAAUUUUGGGAGAAAACUGCUUUAUAUGGAAUGAGGAAAAUGUGCUAUGUUGAAAAUGGCCAGAUUUUCGGUGUUAACGUGUGGGAGGACUUUUUUUUUUAAUUUUUGGUUUUGGGGGAUUUUUUGUUUGUUUCAUUCAUUCUGUUUUGUUUCUCUACUGGGUGUUCUUCUCUAAAGAAACUCUUGCAAGUGAAACUAGCCAUGAUUGCUUCAGCUGUACAUUCCUUGCUGUACAGGACCAAAUAUGAUAGUGGUGCAUGUUGAUGUUACAGUCAGUUUGGAAAAACAUAUUCAGAAUAUUUUGUGCAUGGUUGUGUGGUCCUGCCUGUGUUCAGCAUGCUUAUUUAAAAUGUCCAAUGUUGUACGUGAAUAUCUGUUACAUCCAGGAUGGGCAUUAUACAAAAGCACAAAGAUUACCUAUGACAAUCAGUGUUGCGAUGAAAGAAAAACUAAAAAGGAAUUAUAUUCUUAGUCCUGGGCGAUGUGAGAGGUAAAACAGCCCUUGAAGUGAUCAGUGUCACUUAUUUCAGCACUUGGAUUGUCUUGCAAUGAUUCCUGUGUUACUAACUCAUUUUCUUCGAGUUAAAGCUGUGUAUACGUUUAAAAAGGCAUAUAGAUAGUGUAUGCAUAUGUAUAUGUACAUAGGGAAACCCUGUAUGUAUAUAGUAUGUUGCACACUGCACUUGUGCAAAGGAUCUCUUCAAAGAAACUUUAUCUCUUUUUAUAAACUUAUGCAAACUUUGAAAAAGCUUAAAGGAAUUUAUCUCAACGCUAUUCUUCAUGACAAUUUCCUGACUAAAUUUCUCAACUGUUAUAGAUUUUUUCAUCUACUUCCUGAACAGUGGUCUAUUCUACUACGUGAAAAUGAAUUCAAACAAAAUUUAUGUAUAAACACUCUUCUAAUUCUCUAAAGUGGCAGCCUCGUAUCCUAAAUAUGGAUUCUGUCAUCAUUUUGGUCAAACUUCCCAUUGCAUCAAACAAUUGUGCACACUUAAGAAUUCUCAGCGCUGAGAAGGUGUUUCUUUUCCAUCUUGUUUGUUUUUCCAUCUCAUGUUGGGUGGUCCAGAGGGUUGAAAAUUCUCUCUUGUGUGUUGGUCUUUGUGUCUGUGUCGAUCUAAUCCUCCAUUAAGUGACCGUACCUCAAGUACGUCUGAUACCAUUUAAUGACCUUUGAUGCCAGUUGUGCCGUCCGUUCCGAUGAAAGUUAACUUUACUUGAGCAAAGCUCUUCCUUUGGCAUUGACAGCUGUCUUCCGCCAGGGAAUUUUAAGUAGCCCUUCCCAUGGCUGUGUGUUAUGUAACACAAGUGCUUAUUUUUGCAUGGCAUUCUCACCCAGUAGGCCAGCUCUCCAAACGUUGCUUAGAUGCUCCAAAAUGAACAUAUUUUAAGUUUGCCGUUAUAAAAUACCAGCACAACUACUGGACCUAAGCUAAAAGUUUGUGGACCGCUUUCUAUUUUCCUGAGGUUCUCCACUCUUCCACGUCUCCUUGCAAAUUAUUGAGAAAGAUCGAUUCUAACCGUCACUGAACACUGGGAAAAAAAAAAUAGGUGUUUUAAAACCAGAGUCAUAGAUUUAUUUUGAGUUUAAUAAAAAGUAGCAAUUUCCUAAUCCAUUGAACAAGUAUCACCUAAAAUUGAAUUUUAUCUUUUUUGCAGUUAAUAUCUAUUACUCAUACCUAAAUUUUUCAGCACUUCAUUCAAUUAAAACGUGAAUUUUAAACACACUAUGUGGAUUUAGUGAGACAUAGUAAUACUUAGCAUUAAAUCUAAAAGUUGUCCCACCUAUCAGAAGUCAUGUAAUUUAACUAGUACUUACGCAUAUGUAAACUCCAUAAGAGACAAGUUCUGGACAUAACAACAAUAAAUAUCACACUGCCGUAAGGGUCCAAAACAUGUACUGUAUGAGCAUUGGAUUCAUGUAAUAGAGAUAAAUAGAUAAAAAAUUAGAGGUGGAUGUCUUAUUUUGUGUCAUGAAUUACUGAAAAUUCUUAGUUGUGACAUUCUUUUGAGCGAAAUCAUAUUUCCAGAUUUGAGUUAGAAAGGCUUUUAUAGUUCUUUUUCCUCCCCACUGUUAAUAAUCUCAAUCCUCUUUCAGUAUUUUAGUGGCCUUGAACAACUGGUUUAGCUACAAUGUCAAAUCCUAAAUGUGUAAAUUAUGUGCAAUGUUCAAUACCUCAUAGAAUGUUUGUUAAACGGUAUAAUAGUAUCAAUGGCAUUGAGAUGGGAUUUCUGUUCUACAUAUUUUUCAAUAAUUUGUCCUUUCCAAUGUUGAAGAUUAUAUCAGGCUUUAACGUUUUUUAGUUGUUUAAAUAAGUAAUAUUUUCAAAAUAAUAAAAUGACCAAUGAUAUCUCUUGGAAUAUUCUGUAAAAUGUAGUUAUAAAAUUCUAUUUUCUACAUAGAGUUUUUAUCUUUUUUCUCUUCUUUGUAUGCUUUACAAAUCCUAUAUAUGCAUGAAAUAACAAAUUGUUGAAAGUGUUCAGUACUUAGGCUUACCACAUUACUGUGCCAAUAUAUGUACCACAGCAAAAUUUGGUUCCAAUUAGACAGGGCUAAAUUAUUUACCAUACUGAAUAUUGAAUAUCACUAAGUAACUUGUAAAUAAAAACUUUUCCCCGUUUUUACA